AUGGCUAACAAUUUGUCUUCAUGUCUCAUAGCAGCCAUGGAUCGCCUUUGCCCCUCUUUAUCAUCUGCUGCAGACCAACAAGAACCAGCACCGGAAGAACAAGUGAAGAAAAGAUCAAGGAGAGGGAAUCAUAGUCUUUCACAUUCUUUUUCAUCAUCAUCAUCAUCACCACCAACUCAAAAACGUGAUAAGAGCAUAAAUAAUCGAUGCAAACCGCGAAAAUCCACGAGUUUUAGGAGCUUGAAAGAUUUGGAACUAGAAGAAGUGAAAGGGUUCAUGGAUCUUGGAUUUACAUUCACCAAAGAACACUUGAACCCGACCAUGAUCCGUGUUGUCCCUGGCUUGCUCAGGCUUGGAUUUGAACAAGAGAAGAAGAGAGUUGUUGUAAGACCGUAUUUAUCAGAGGCUUGGCUGAUUAAAAGACCCGAUUCUCCAUUGCUGAAUUUAAGACCAAGGGUCUAUGCGGCUGCUGAUAUGAAGAAGCAUCUCAUGUUUUGGGCUAGAAUUGUUGCAUCUGUAGUUCGGCAGGAAUCAUAGUGAACAAAAAAUCAUCAACUGUAAAAAAAUGUGUGUAAUAAAAGCAUACAUAUGAGCCGAAUGCUCUUUUUGUCACCAUUUUUAACUACUAUCUUAGGGCUGUUUGGUUUAAGUCAUAUGAGAUUUUUAUAGGAAUGUAAUCCACAUUUCCAUAUUUGAUUGGCUGAGAGUCUCAUUUCCGGUAA